AAUUAAUACUACUGCUGUAUGAAAUUUUAAUUACUCCAUUUUAUAUACAGAUAGAGCCUAAACCUUAUAAAUCUCCUACCACCUUCAUCAACUCACUUUCGAUAUGCUACGCCAAGAACUGUGAUGUUCAACAUGUUGCAAACUCAUCACCUCCAGUUUCUAGCGAUUCUCUUUCUAUAUACGCUGACAUGCUCUGAAACCGCAGCCACUUCCAUCCCACAAGAGCUUCACAUAGGCUUCUCUGUGACGCCAGAGUCUUGGACGACGCCGUUUCAAGCAGUUCUGAGCGAUCAUAGUGGCAACUUCUCUCUAGGCUUCCUCCGCGUGAACCAAAACCAGCUGGCACUGGCGGUCCUCCACGUGGCAUCCUCGGAGCCAUUCUGGGUGGCCAACCCAUCCCACGCGCCAUCAUGGUCCGACAACACGCGCCUCUUCUUCAACGGCAGCCUCGUCCUGUCCGACCCCGAAACGCUCGUUUUGUGGUCAACCGCCACAAACGGAGACCGCGUGGUGCUCCUCAACAGCUCCAAUUUACAAGUUCACCACAAUGGCAUUCCCCUAUGGGAGAGUUUUCACUUUCCCAAAAAUACUCUCGUCCAGGACCAGAAUUUCACCUCCAACAUGACUCUUUUGUCCUCCAACGGCAUUUAUUCCAUGAGGUUAGGCAACGAUUUCAUGGGGUUAUACGAAAACCAUGUCCAAUUAUAUUGGAAACGCACGCCACUGGGAGCAAAAGCGGAAGUAAAGGAAGGGCAGGGACCGAUUUACGCCCGAGUCAACCCGGAGGGUUACCUCGGGAUGUAUCAGACAACCGACGAGAAGCCCACGGAUGUUCAAAAGUUCAACACGUUCCAACAAACGUCGUCGUUUUUGUUCGUGCGGUUGGAACCGGACGGGAAUCUGAAGGGCUACUACUGGGACGGUUCCACGUGGCAGCUCAACUACCAGGCUAUUACUGAAGCCUGCGACCUCCCCCGCUCCUGCGGUUCGUACGGUUUGUGCACUCCGGGAGGGUCUGGGUGCUCCUGUUUAGAAAACCGAACCCGGUUCGAACCGGAUGGGUGUUUUAAAGAUGUUGGUGGAGAGUCGUCUGGGGACUUGUGUAGUAGUGAAGGGAUUGGUGGAAGUAAAAGCAGUUACUGGGUGCUGAGAAGAACGGGAGUGGAAGCACCGCAUAAGGAGCUAGUAAGGCACCUAACGACGUCGUCUCGGGCGGAUUGUGAGGGAUUGUGCCAGAACAACUGUAGCUGCUGGGGGGCGCUGUAUAGCAACGCAACCGGGUUUUGUUAUAUGUUGGACUAUCCGAUCCAGACAAUGGUGGGUACUGGGGAUGGGUCAAAAGUGGGUUACUUCAAGGUUAAAAAAGAGGAACGAGGAAAGAACCGGGUUUGGAUACGGGUUGGGGUUGUGGUUACGGUUUUGGUUGGGGUUGGGGUUAUUAUUGUUGGAACCGGAUUUUGCGUGACGAGAUGGAGAAAGAGGAGAGGGGUGAAGGAAGAGGAAUGGGGUUCGCCCGGCCCGUAUAAGAAUCUUGGAUCCGCAAGUUUUAGAUUCAUAGAAAUGAGCAAUGCCCAUGACGCAAGGGGUGACGCAUGUGCUCAAAGUUGACAUUGUUGGCAGAAUCAGAAUGCAUUUGGAUUGGUGGGGUCCAUCUAAUCUAAUGUUUGUUUUCUCUUAUGAUCUUCCCACUUGCAAACAAUGAUAGUGGUUGGCGCACCUCCGCAUGUGAUGUGACUCUCCUUAUUUAUACAAAGCAAAUGCAUGGGUUGAGUUCCGGUGAAAAGGUUGACCAACGCAAGUGCCGGUUUGGAGUGCGGAAUGAAACCUUUCAAAAACAUGUCACCAAUCAGCAUCAUAGACUCAACUUAAACUAAAUAAAUUCUUUGUCUAGUUUUGCUGUCGGACGUGUCUUUUUUAUAUUGCAAUUUGACUUCAAACUCUCAUUUGAAGUGAGCCUGCAUUAGUUAACUUCAAAUUCCUUGCUCACAGAUAUGAAUGAAUAUUGUAAUGCAAUUCGGCCUGCUCUUC